AGCACAAACCUGCAACUAUUAAACGAUCCAUACGCCAAUAUAAUGGACGGCUUUGCCCAUGAAUGGACAACGCCACCACGCACCGAUACCAGUGGUCUGCAUAUGGAUUUGGUGGCGGAAUUACAUGAAAGUGGCUUUGAGCCACAGACCAGAGCCCGUUCGAAUACCUGGCCCUGCCCAAGACCAGAAAAUUUUGUAGAGCCACCCGAUGAGUUGGAGAGUACAAAGGCCAGUAAUCAACAAUUGGCUGGAGGAGACUCACAACAAACCAAUGUUCCUAGUGUGAAUGCCGCCAAAAAGAAUUCAUCACGCCGCAAUGCCUGGGGCAAUCUCUCAUAUGCUGAUCUGAUAACGCACGCCAUUGGCUCGGCCAGUGAAAAACGUUUGACGCUAAGUCAAAUCUAUGAAUGGAUGGUGCACAAUGUUCCAUAUUUUAAGGAUAAAGGUGAUUCGACAAGUAGUGCGGGCUGGAAGGUAAGUUCGAUCAGAUUUUUUUCACUAUUUAUUAGAAAUUAA